UUGGAUUGUUCUAAAGAGCGCGACAUAUCACAUCAUCGUGAUCCUUUUCUUCAAAAAAUUGUUGGUUCAGAAAACUGUCUCCAUUUAAAUGUCUAUGCGCCUCAAUCAGCUAAUGAAAAACAGUUGCCAGUUAUGGUUUGGAUACAUGGUGGUGCCUUCUGGUUUGGUAGUGGAAACAGUGAUUCAACAUGAUGUUGUUGUUGUCACAAUUAAUUAUCGUUUAGGAGCAUUGGGAUUCUUAAGUUUACCCGAGGAAGGCAUCUACGGUAAUGCUGGAUUAAAAGAUCAACGUCUUGCUUUGCAAUGGGUACAGGAGAAUAUUGCAAAAUUCAAUGGUGAUCCAAAUAAUGUAACAAUAUUUGGUCAAAGUGCAGGAGCAAUUUCUGUUCAUAUGCAUUCUUAUGCCGAUCAUGCAAACAAAUACUUUCACAAAGUUAUAAUGCAAAGUGGUACGGCUAAUAUGGAAUGGUCAUUUCAAUCGAAUCCAGGAUAUAAAACCCGAAAAUUAGCUAAAUUAUUAGGUUGUGAGUCGAAUAAAACAAGUGAUAUACUAACAUUUUUGCAAUCAGAUGCUGUAACCGCUGAUAGAAUACUACUUUCUAGUCCUUGUGUACUAACAGAAGAUGAACGGCGGCGUGGUCUUCCAGUACCCUUCAAGCCAGUAGUUGAAGAUAAAAAUAGUCCUGACAUAUUUAUCAAAAAACCUAUAUUAGAAAGCUUACUAAAAAUUAAUGUCGUAAAAGUUCCAACUAUAAUGGGCUAUAAUUCUACCGAUGGUUUAGCUUUGUUAUCUAAUGCAUUACGGAAAUUAAAUGCUAUAGAUAAUGACUUAGAACGAUUUGUACCACGAGAUAUACCAUUGCCAGUAGAUAGUCCUGGUAUUAAAGCCAUCGCUAAAGAAAUGCGAAAUUUUUAUUUUAAAGGUGGGAUUAUAAAUGAAAAAUCCUUAAAUGAACUCGCGAAUGUAUUGAGUGAUUAUCACUUUGUUGUUGACAUGCAGCGUGCCGCAGAGUGUCAAGCCCGUUAUCAAUCGAAUGCACCAUUAUUCUUUUAUCGCUUUAAUUAUAUUGGUGACCACAAUAUGUACAAGCGAAUAUUCCAAUUUGAAGCACUUAAUGGAGCUUGUCAUGGCGACGAAUUAUGUUAUAUGUUCCAAACAGCUGGUGAUAAAGCAACUUUAGCACCGGAUGAUGAAAUAUUUGCCAAUAAGUUGUGUCAGCUUUGGACAAAUUUUGCAAAAUAUGGAAAACCAACUACUGAUGACGCAGUCAACUGGAAACCAGUGACAUGUCCGAAAACGGAAGAUAGUGAAUUCGAAUUAGAUUACUUGUCUAUUGAUAAACAAUUUGAAAUGAAAAAAAAUCCUGAAGAAAACCGUAUGAAUUUCUGGCGCAAAAUCUAUCAAAAUUAUAAUAGAAUCGAUUAUUCUAGGCUUAGCGCUAAACUUAAGGCUCUAACGAAGUACGAAGAGAUGAUCAAAGUUCAAAUAAAACAAGGAACGCUUGCUGGUGUUCAGAAGUUAUUGCCCAAUGGAAAACCAUUUAAUAGUUUUCAAGGAAUACCAUAUGCAAAACCACCAGUUGGAACGCUUAGAUUUAAAUCACCUGUGGCGCUUGAACAAUUUGAAGUACAGGAAUUGGAUUGUUCUAAAGAGCGCGACAUGUCACAUCAUCGUAAUCUUUUUCUUCAAAAAAUUGUUGGUUCAGAAAACUGUCUCCAUUUAAAUGUCUAUGCGCCUCAAUUAUCUCAAUUAUCUGAAAUCCAGUUGCCAGUUAUGGUUUGGAUACAUGGUGGUGGCUUCUGGUUUGGUAGUGGAAACAGUGAUUUUUUCUAUCCACUUAAAUUAAUGGAACAUGGUGUUAUUGUUGUCACAAUUAAUUAUCGUUUAGGACCAUUGGGAUUUUUAAGUUUACCCGAGGAAGGCAUCUAUGGUAAUGCUGGAUUAAAAGAUCAACGUCUUGCUUUGCAAUGGGUACAGGAGAAUAUUGCAAAAUUCAAUGGUGAUCCAAAUAAUGUAACAAUAUUUGGUCAAAGUGCAGGAGCAAUUUCUGUUCAUAUGCAUUCUUAUGCCGAUCAUGCAAACAAAUACUUUCACAAAGUUAUAAUGCAAAGUGGUACGGCUAAUAUGGAAUGGUCAUUCCAAUCGAAUCCAGGCUAUAAAACCCGAAAAUUAGCUAAAUUAUUAGGUUGUGAGUCGAAUAAAACAAGUGAUAUACUAACAUUUUUGCAAUCAGAUGCAGUGACUGCCGAUAGAAUAUUAGCUUGCACACUGGGCGUACUAACAGAAGAUGAACUGCGGCGUGGUCUUCCAUUACCCUUUAAGCCAGUAGUUGAAGAUAAAAAUAGUCCUGACAUAUUUAUCAAAAAACCUAUAUUAAAAAGCUUACAGGAAAUGAAUGUAGUGAAGAUUCCAACUAUAAUGGGCUAUAAUUCUGCCGAAGGUUUAAUUGUUUUAAGUUAUAGAUUAAGCCAAAUUAAUGCUAUAGAAAAUGACUUAGAACGGUUUGUACCACGUGAUAUACCAUUGCCAGUAGAUAGUCCUGGUAUUAAAGCCAUCGCUAAAGAAAUGCGAAAUUUUUAUUUUAAAGGUGGAAUUAUAAAUGAAAAAUCCUUAAAUGAACUCGCAAAUGUAUUGAGUGAUUAUCACUUUGUUGUUGACAUGCAGCGUGCCGCAGAGUAUCAAGCCCGUUAUCAAUCGAAUGCACCAUUAUUCUUUUAUCGCUUUAAUUAUAUUGGUGAUCUCAAUAUGUAUAAACGAAUAUUCCAAGUUGAAGCACUCAAUGGGGCAUGUCAUAACGAUGAAUUAUGUUAUAUGUUUCAAACAGCUGAUGAUAAAACAACUCUAACACCAGACGAUGAAAUAUUUGCCAAUAAAUUGUGUCAGCUUUGGACAAAUUUUGCAAAAUAUGGAAAUCCAACUAUUAAUACAAUCAACUGGAAGCCAGUGCGAUGCCCAAAAACGGAAGACAGUAAAUUCGAAUUAGAUUAUUUAUCUAUUGAUAAACAAUUUGAAAUGAAAAAAAAUCCUGAAGAAAAUCGUAUGGAUUUCUGGCGCAAAAUUUAUGAAAAUUAUAAUAGAAUCGAUUAUUUUAGACAUAGCGCCAAACUUUAAUAUUAA